UAAAAUAAUCUUUGCAUAUGAAGAGUUAGAUUCUUUAUCAAUUGAUCUAUACGGAUUUGUUGAAUUGGAAAUUAUUGGAGACUAUUCAUUUGGAAAAUAUAAUAAGAAUCCAAAGUUACGGAUUCAAAAAGUUGAAAAUAUGAAUAAGGCUUUAGAAUUUAUUAAACGCCGAGGUGUAUCCCUUACAAAUAUUGGUGCUGAAGAAGGACUUACAGCUAAGGAAGGUCUCUUACUUUGGUGUCAAAGAAAGACUGCACCUUAUGCUGAAGUUAAUGUUCGUGACUUCACUUAUAGUUGUGCCUUGAUUCAUCGGCAUCGUCCUGAUCUUCUAGACUAUGACGCUUUAAACAAGUCAGAUCGGCAUUCAAAUACUGCUUUAGCAUUUGAGGUAGCAGCAACUAAACUUGACAUAACA